AAACGGAAGGCGACAAUAUCCCCCUUUCGAUUUAUCUUUCUCUUUCUCACCAGCCCUUCACCGUGUUGGACAUCUCAUCCAGCUCGUCGUCGCUCGUUAUAUUAGGUACUUGGAAUAUAUCCAUCCCAUCGUUUUUAUUUCCAAUUAUAACUAAUUAUUUUUUAAUAUAAACCCGUCUACUUAUUUCUUUCUUUUACUCUUCGAUUUCAAAUUUAUCCAAACCGCUUUAUAUUACAUAGGUCUAGGUGUCUAUCGUAGCUAAUUACCCCUAAGAUGGCAUCGAAUGAAAAACCUCAGCCAAAGGUUCAGACGGGGGAUGAGGAUGAAGUUUCGGCCCUGAGCAGUCCGGUCCUUUCAACCAACGAGAACAACCCAGCUCCAGUAACGAGGGACGAGCCUCAAGAAUCCGCAAACGAGGAAACACCAUCGUUGCCAUCUAGACCGGUAGGGAAUACGACUGCUCAACAAGGGCCGCCUGUACCUCCGCAGCCAUUACCACAACCAUAUCCCCAAUAUCCAUCGCCUUAUGGUCCAUAUUCAUACCCGCCUCAGCCAUACCCUUAUGCGCAACCUGUUCGGGUUCUUCCUUGUUAUUCCAAGCUCUGGACAGCCGCCAAGCUUGUUCUCACGAUUUUCUCGAUUAUUUUUGCCACCGUGAUCCUGGCCCUGUCAUGCGUCUUCCUCGGCGAUGAUGGCGGUGCCGAGAGCAUGGCGAUAUACGCCUUUCCCAUUACCAUCGCUGCUAUCCUGUGGAAUGGUGCCGAGUUGAUCACCUUUGCUAUCCGUUCGCGCAAGGACGUCAAACGAGGAAUUCACCCUGGAGCACACGUAGGCCUACAUCUCUGUUUCUGGCUUGCCUGUAUAUUCGCUGUUCUUCUCACGGUUUCGAUUUUGGCAUCAGUCGAGUCUAUCCUUAGGAGAUGCGCCGGAGAGGAUAGCACCCACUACUCGUAUUCUAGCUAUAGUUACUGUUCCAGCGACUAUCUCGAUAUGUAUGGCAAUGGCGCGUAUCUGCCCAUGAUUCGAGCUGCUAAUGCCUUCUUUGGCUUGGCAACUAUCGACCAUUUCAUACUAUUUGUCAUGGCAUGCAUCGAUACGCACAAAAGGAAUUUGCUGAAACCUGCUGGCAUUGUUCUACCGCCCAUGCCACCGGCAGGGGGCAUGUACUACCCACCGCCGCCGCCGCCGCCGGGUGCCGCUUACUAUCCGUAUCCGGUGCCGAUGCAGAUGCUACCACAACCACCACAGCUCUCGCAAGCGAGACCAGGCCAAUUGAACCCAGUUCCUAACGGGGCAGGUGCCGCAGUCCCGACUGUCCCUCAAGCAAAUCCGGUCAAUCAGAAUUACCAGAAUAUUGCUGGAUUUUACGCGCCGGCACCGCCGCAGCCUUCUUAUUUGCUAGCUCAGCCCCCAGCAAACUCGAAUAACGAAAAAGCUGCGCCCAUUACUUCAGCUGUACCUGCCCAAGCGUCGUGAUGGAAGAGUAUAGAUUAGGCUGCUCCUCUUUUUUUGGUAUUCCAUAAUACCCUGAUACCCUACGCUUGUUCAUGAGACGUUUUGGCUUUAAUAUUGACAUUUUCGAUACCCCUGAUUGUGUUGGUAUAUGAGGUCUCAAUCUGAAGAAUAUGUUACGUUAGUUUACGACCUUGGGCAUCAAGGAUCAUCUUUACUCGGAAAUUUAUGCUAUGAUAGUUUGAAUAGGCCAUGCGCCGUCGAAUGAAAUUGCGUGUCACGUGUGAAAUAUCGACCUGCUUUGGUGAAGUUACGAAUUGCAGAAUAGUCGCAACAUCAUGUCUGAUAUCAGCAGUUUGAUAGGUACGUGAGGCGGGGCCAUGUUUCUCUUGUCGUUUGUGGUGCUUGUGAUUAAAAUCCAGGGAAUGAUGUUUCUUCCCCGCCUUGUAUCAACUUUUGACUUGACAGGUCACUCCUUGAAAAUGACCGUCUCAAUCGCUGAUAUGGAUA